AUAUACAUGAUUAAGACUAUCAGGGCCCCUGUUACUAACAGACUCAGGGCACACUUAGGCCUACCAUCACGAGACAUCCCCAAGAACUGGACCACAGACAUGGCCGCAAAAUCUCGCAAACGUGUUGUCAUAAUUACAGGCGGGAGUAGCGGAAUUGGACAGGAGAUCGCCUGUGAACUGAGCAAACGGGGUUACGCUGUGGCUAUAUGUGGUCGGAAUAAAGAGAGGUUAGACAGCACCAGUAGAAUGUGUCAAGAGAACGGAGCAGACUCCGAAGAUGUUUUACAGAUCAUCGGGGACUUGGCCGACCCCCAGUCCCCUGACAGGAUCGUCUCUGCUACCCUGGAGAAGUUUGGAGGGAUUAACGCACUGAUCAAUAAUGCAGGGUUUCUGAAAAUGCCUGACAGUUUACAAACUGUGACCGCCGAGUCAUUUGACCAGGUGUUCAGCGUAAACAUCCGGGGCCCAGUCCUCCUGACCAAAGCAUGCAUGCCACACUUGGAGAAAACUAAAGGAACAGUGAUUAACAUAUCCAGUGCAGUUACGGAAGUACCAGCUUUUCCCUUGCUUGUGUAUCCCAUGGCUAAGGCAGCGAUGAAUUUCUUCACCAAACACUUGGCCUGUGCUUAUGGAGUAAAAGGAGUUCGAGUUUGCGGAAUAAUGCCCGGGUACAUCCAAACACCCGCUCACCAAAAGUAUAUGCCUUCGUCUUCGGAAGAAGAACUAGCAGCGCAUGCCCAGAAGUUGGUGGACGCACAAAUUGUGAGUCGAGUAGGCCAAGUUGGGGACGUGGCCAAGGCCGUGGCCUUUCUGCUCUCGGACGAGGCCUCCUUCAUCACUGGAGAAACUCUCGUCGUUGACGGAGGAUGGCAGCUUCAUGUUUCAAAGUAAAUCAUGGAGAUAUAAAAGCCAUGUAUGUGCCAUGGCUGGGUGUUUAAACGAGAAUUAUAGCCGUUAGCAGUUCUUUUUAUCGUACGCGUAAAAUAAUAGCUUUCACCUUCAGUAAAACAUCUGUACGUUUUUCUCUGAACUUUAGACCAAACGAUGACACCAACCACUCCUUCGGAGUGAAGUGACCCUCAUGUUAUGUAUAAAUACGCAAAAGACAAACUGUUUAUACAUUUUAUAUUCUUGUGUUCCAGCUAUAGGCCCUACGUAUACACUCUUAAUUAGAAACAAGCAAUAUACAAGAUGAAAUAUCUAAAUCUUACAUGGUUAGAUUUUGGACAGUUACUCUAGUUUUGCAUUAAAAGAAAGGAAAUAAACGUAAUGUUGAAGAUCAGCUCACA